ACGCCGGAUGGUUGUGACAUUGCCUUUGAAGAAACAGUUGGGGUUGCGCUCGAAGAACGGUGCCCUCCCACUGGCAACGAGAAGGUUGAAGUAACGACGGAACAGGAACAGUUUGCCCCUCCAUCCGCUAAAAAGCUGAAAUUGAGUCUGCAUUCGAAAAAAUGCGAAAAUAGUCCACACAAUCGAAGAUUAGAGGCAAUAGCUAGCACUCCGAAAUCGGUUCAAGACUCAGCUGGUGUACCGAAACCAACCAGAGGACGGGGUAAAAAAUUAGGGUGUGCGAAUGAAACUCCGGCAAACUCAGUGCUUGCUGCUCAGGUGGCCGUAUUCGCUCCUAAAGAACCGGAUGACCAGGAUUUGCUAACUGUUCAGUCAAGUGAAACAACAGUCCCACCGGUUCCGGAAGUCCUAGCAAAAGAGACCCCAUCGAAUUCUACAUCCCAAAUUCCAGGUUCACCUCCUCAUUCUCCGCAGCAGCCAGCUAGUGUUACUUACCUUGUGCCAGAUUCCAGCUCAAAAAAAUCCCCUAUACCACCUCUUAGUCUUGCCACCGCAACUUUAUCGCGGCCUGAAGUUGCAGAACCUGUGACUGAGAAAGAGGUUCCCACAUCCACUAGUCUGUUACCACAGGAAGAGGAGCACUUGGUGCCUCUGGUUUCAGAUGUCGCGGCCUCAAAACCAGCCACUGCCAUUUCGCAUCGAGGCUGUGCUCUUGAGACAGCUAACCAGAAGCCGAAGCAGACUUCUCUCGGCAAUUACCACAGUGUUGCUGCCAAAGCCAGACUGUUUGCCUCAUCAGAAAGGCUUGGAGGUGCAUCUAGACUGAACACAGUCGGAUUGGGCUCUUCAUCCAAAUCAGUCGGAACAAGCGGCAAACCGGCUGCUCAGAGGAUUUCGCAACAACUCAGUGAGUCACAGAAUGGGAAUAGUAGCAUUUUGGGUCGCGCCAACGAGCGUUCCCGCUCCAUUCAAGCCACUAAAGAACAGCAACUCUACGAAAAACGCCUAAUUUAUGAAUCGCGUAUCAAGCUAGAUGAGGCUCGGAUGCGCGCAUUCCAGGAGGCAAAGGCCCGUGAGCGGGAGGCUCAGAAACGCGCUAAUGAACAACACCGUCUUGCCGUCAAAUUGAAAGCUCAACAAAUGGCCGAUCUGCAACGUAUGGUCAACGAGAGCAAGAAACAGCUCUCUGAGGAACGGAUCAAAGCGGAAUUGGAGAAACAAAAGACGUUACUCGAGAUUCUAGAUCCGUUUGUGUUAGACUCGGUAACUAACCUAUCCCUUCGAGUUUCAACUACCCCUGUUCCACCGAAUCCAUAUAAGCAUUCGUUUCCCGCUCCUCCUGUGCAGGUCGAAUCUGUUAAACGAAAACAUCUUGCUCCAAUUGUGGAACAGGAAAAUGCUGCCGUACAAUCCCAACCUGUUCGACCAAUCAAAAUCAAUCCGAACACAACUGAACACACCCCAGCAGCUCCCAACGUGCUCAGACCAAUCCAGUUACAAAAAACAGGCCCCAGUUCAGCUCUUCAAACGACCACUGCUGUAAAGCGAGCCUAUCCGACACCCAUCCAGCCAGCUCCUGUGACGAAAGCACCAUUACCGAACACUGCUUCGAAGGCGCAACCAACCCGUGUUGCUGUGGUUUCAGUACCCAAAGUGCCCCCAACACAGCCGACGGUGUCAGCAACCGUAAAGCCGACUGCUCUGGAGUCAAGCCGGUUACCGAAUUCUCCGCUAAAGAUUUCUGUCCGGACUUUAAGCUUCCUAUCAGGAGUUAUAUCAGGAUAUCCUGAAACACCCGGGUCUGCGGAGAGGGAGCAACCAAAGCGGUCAUUGACCCUCUUGCUAAUCCCUUUCCUUUUCUGGUUUUUCACUUGGAACAGUGCUACUUUCAAUAUGUCACUGUUGAACUCGGAUUCGGAGGAUGAGGACAAACCGUAUAUCAAGGCCCCAAGUUGGUCGCGUAAAGAUAACUUGAAGCAGCUGCCUUCGUUCAACGCGGUUGUGGCGGGUGAAUUGAGAUUCCCCAGCAAGUUCAUCCCCGCUGCACAGAUUCAGUUCGAUCUAGAUUCUAUGUUUGCCGGCUACGACUAUCGUCGGCGGCACCGUACGAGCAGUCGGUUUUGGAACACACCGGUGGCUCUGUGAACAGAACCGACAGACGGAUUGCCAGUAUUCUUAUCUGCUUUACUGUACUCUAUAACUGUUACACGUAUUAGUCUUUCUCAUCGUACGCUGCCAUAUGUUACACGUGGUUCAUGCCACGAUUUCCGCCAAGUAUAGUAUGUGUGCG